AUUAUUUUGAGAAACCAUAGUAUAUGAAUAUGGUUUGGCAUAUAAACCAAUCAAACGGAAUAAACCGAUUAUUUAAAGUAUAGUAAUAUAAUUAUACAUAAAGUAUAUAAUAUAAUUAAUUAUAUACGUAAUUUAUUUUAUUGAUAUAAUUUUCAUACUUUAAAUGUUGAUUCAAUAAUUUAAUAAGUUGUUUUAAGUUAAAAGUUAUCUUUCAUUUUUAUCAAAUUAAACAAAAUAUAAUUUAUAAUAAGAGAACCGAGUCUCCCUUUUGCUUUCUCUCUCUUACUCUUACUCUUACUCUUACUCUCUCUGCGCUGAACAAUGGUGAUUCCUCCAAAACCCUCUCUGUUUCACCUGAAAUUUCUGACAGGAGAGAAACCACUUCUGACGCUUGAUGAUGAGUUCUUACGUAAUCACACGAAAGUUUUGCUAAUAUCAGACGCGUCGGACAAAAUUUGGGAAGUGAAACUGGACGGCAACAGGCUCGCCGGCGGCUGGGAAGAGUUCGCCGCCGUUAAUAAUUUCAGUGACGGAAACGUCUUGGUUUUUAGACACAAUGGAGAAGAGAUCUUUCAUGUAGCUGUUUCCAGUGACAUACAACACGCAUCUCCUAGCUUCACUGAUACUGACGACACUGAAGUUGAUGAUGAACCUGAUGGAGAAGACGAAGAUACUGAUGAUGAUGCAUGGGACGUUUUGGUGAGAAAGAAUAAAAAACCAGAAGCAGAUUCAUGUUUCCUCAGAGCUCGUGUCACACGUUAUAACCUCAUCAAAGAUCGCUUGGAUCUUUCUAGAGAUUUUAAGUUUAUGUCGUUUAAUAAGCACAAUAAACCGUGUGAGAUAUAUUUAGCUAAUGAGAAAGGAAGAAAAUGGACACUGAGGCUUUCAAGAAACAUCUCAAGUGGUGCGUUUUACAUCACAAGAGGCUGGUCUAACUUUUGCUCAGCUAAUGGGUUAAUCCGAGGUGACUUCUGUUACUUCAAACUUUCCAAAAGUGGGGAAAGGCCUGUGCUUUUGUUGUGUUCACACGAGUCUGGCAAUGGCCUUGAAGACAAAGAAGAAAAGCGCCCUGAAGCAGAUCCAGUUAAGGUGUGUUCUGUAGGAGGCUGCACCAAAGAGAAGAAUACUCCUCGAAUUCUGACGCUAAAGUAUACACCAAGCCGUUUCAAGACCGGGCAACUAUAUAUUUCACCGGGUUUCUUGCUUGAGAGUGGCAUUAGGAAGUCUAGGGAGAUAACUCUGCUGAACAAAGAUGGAAGAAAGUGGCUAUCUUAUCUUCAGAUGACAGGAAAAUCCAGAAGUGAAUGGUUUUAUAUGAGAAAAGGUUGGAGAGAGAUGUGCAAAGCUAAUGGAGUUGAAGUGAAUGACUCAUUCAUGUUGGAGUUGAUAUGUGAAGAUGUAACCCCUAUAUUUAAGUUCCACUCUAAGAUUGAAAACAAGGGAGCUUGUGAGAGUGUGGAAAAGACUCAAGGAGUAGAAAUAGAUGGACAGAGAGGAAGCAAGAGAGGACACACUAGGGUUUCAAACAGAUCCAACACUAACUCAAGAAAAUUUCAGCGCACGCUACCAGAAUCUUCCUCAGUCUCUGAUCUAGUGGCUAACGUGAAACAAAGAAUUCAAGAUACUCUGAACACCUUAAGACAUUUCCGCGCAGAGAUCGAGACAAAGGAGAAGAAUCUGGAAGCUUCACUACUACAAGUUGACGCCUUAGGGGAGAGGAUAUUGGGAAUCAGCAAAAUUCUCAACAGUAAUCUGGUUUGAAGUAAAAUGAAAUAGCAGGAAAAAAGGAUCAAAAGACUGUCUGCAUGCACUUUUUGUAUCAUGGUUUUACAAGAACGGCUUCUUCCUCCAAACUCUACGUUAGGUUUCCUUUUCAGUAUUUAAGACUUGCAAGUUCUAGAGACUGCCCAUUUUCUUUGUGCCUUUGUUCGGUUCAAUGGCUCACGAUGUUUGUAUAUUUGAAGGGCUUGUGACUUAGGUUUUUGCUUUGUUAUAUAGCUAAGAACCUAUUAAUAUUAGAAUACAUUGUGCCUAGGAACUUCCGGUUUAAUCAACUAUCAAUUAG